GUUCCUGGCCAGGAGUUGGAGUUGGAGGUUUAUGACAAAGACACCGACCAGGAUGACUUCCUGGGCAGGGCGAAGGUGGACCUGGGCAUCGUGAAGAAAUCCAUAGUGGUGGACGACUGGUUCUCCCUGAAAGACACGCCGUCUGGACGCGUCCAUCUGAGGUUGGAGUGGCUGACCCUGCUGCCCUCCACGGACCGUCUGGAGCAGGUCCUAAAGAGGAACGAGACCGUGAUCAGCAAGACCGCCGACCCCCCCUCAGCCGCCAUCUUGGUUGUGUAUCUGGACAAGGCGGAGUCACUUCCUAUGAAGAAAGGCAACAAGGAGCCGAACCCGAUGGUGCAGCUGUCUGUACGAGACCUCACCCGGGAGAGCAAGAUCUGUUACACCACCGAGAACCCCCAGUGGGAGGAGGCCUUCACCUUCUUCAUCCAGGACCCCCAGAAACAGGACAUCGACAUCCAGGUGAAGGACGGGGACCGCGUGCAGACCCUGGGCCGCCUGAACCUGCCCCUGUCCCGCCUUCUGUCCAGCCCCAGCCUGACCCUGGACCAGUGGUUCCAGCUGGACGGCUCCGGCCCCGCCAGCCGCAUCUACAUCAAGACCGUCCUCAGGGUGCUGUGGCUGGAUGAGGAGCACGUCUCCGCUGACGUGUCCUCCACCGUGGAGGGGAGCCAGGCCGAGACCCUGCCCCAGCAGAGCACCCCCCACCCCAGCUUCGCCACCGAGGGCGUGCUCCGGAUCGGCCUGCUGGCGGGGCAGAACCUGGUCCCUAAGGACAACAUGAUGGGGGGCAUGGUGAAGGGCAAGAGCGACCCCUACGUCAAGGUCAACGUGGGGGGGGAGACCUUCACCAGCCAGGUGGUCAAGGCCAACCUCAACCCCACCUGGAACGAGAUGUACCAGGUGGUUCUGACCCAGCUGGCCGGCCAGGAUCUCCAUGUGGAGAUCUUUGAUAAAGACAUGGACAUGAAGGACGACUUCAUGGGCAGGCUGAAGAUCAGCAUGAAGGACAUCGUUGCUGCGCAGUACACCGACCAGUGGUACACGCUGAACGACGUCAAGUCCGGCCGGGUCCACCUCACGCUGGAGUGGGUUCCCACGGCGACGGAACCGGACCGCCUGGACCAGGUUCUGCAGUUCAACUCCAAGCAGACGUUCCAGAACAAGGCGGUGCCCUCCUCAGCCCUGCUGUUCGUCUACGUGGAACAGGCGCACGGCCUGCCUCUCAAGAAGAGCGGGAAGGAGCCGAAGGUGGGGGCGGAGAUCGUCUUGGGGAAGUCCUCCCACAAAACCACCGUGUGCGAGCGAACCACGGCUCCCAAAUGGAACGAGGCGUUUCACUUCCUGGUUCGUGACCCCAGAGAAGAUAUUCUCGUGGUUAAGCUGUCCCACAGCUGGGCUCUGGCCAUGGGCUCCCUGGUGGUGCCAGUGAGGGAGCUGCUGUCUGAACCACAGCUGGUCCUGGACCAGUGGUUCCACCUGGACGGAGCCUCACCUGAGAGCCAGGUGCUGCUGAGGGCGGAGCUUAAGGUGUUGAUACCCUCUAAGUGCCCGGGUGGGGGUGUCCAGACCAAGCCAGCGUCCGGGUCAGACCCCUCCAGGACUAAGGAGAGCAUGGUGGAGGACCGCCUGCUCAGGUCGAGUUCUGUGGACACGCCCCCUCUGGAGAGCGCUGCGGUGCCGGCCUCUGAGGUCCCGGGGGGCCGUGGGCCCCAGGUAGCAGCUGAGGUAGCCGCCGCUGUGUCCCAUCAGGAGGAGGCAGAGGAGGAGGAGGAGGAAGAGGAGGAGGAGGAGGAGGAGGAGGAGGAGGAGGAGGAGGAGGACGCUCCCCCCCCCGGCCCUCCCCACACCUCCCCAGACCACGUCUUCGGCAGCGAGGGGGUGCUGAGGCUGCACCUGCUGGAGGCCCAGAGCCUGGUAGCCAAAGACAACCUGAUGGGGGGCUUGAGGAAGGGCAAGAGUGACCCCUACGCCAAGGUCACGGUCGGAGAGCACGCCUUCAAGAGUCACGUGGUCAAGGAGAACCUGAACCCCACCUGGAACGAGAUGUACGAGGUUGUGAUGAGGCCUCAGGCUGGGCUGGAGGUGAAGGUGGAGCUGUACGAUAAGGACAUGGACAAAGAUGACUUCCUGGGCAGAUUGAAUGUCAGCCUGGCAGACAUCAUCCAAUCACAGUGCACCGACCAGUGGCACCCACUGGAGGGCGUGAAGUCCGGCCGGGUCCGGUUGGUCAUGGAGUGGGUCCCCAUGGUGUCCCAGAACACCAGCCUGGACCAGGUGCUGCAGCAGAGGUCGCUCCAGUCCUACCAGAACCAGGCCGUCCCGACGGCUGCGCUGCUCUUCCUGUAUCUGGAGAGAGGCCACUCGCUGCCCUUGAAGAAGAGCGGGAAGGAGCCCAAGGCCGCAGCAGAACUGGUCCUGGGUCAGACCACCCACAGAACCAAGGUGUGUGCUCGCUCCAAGUCCCCCGAGUGGAGAGAGGCCUUCUUCUUCCCCGUCCAGGAGCCCAGAGAGGAGAUGCUCAUCGUGAAGCUGUCCAGUGCCUGGGACCAGCCCAUGGGGUCCCUGGUGCUCCCAGUCAGAGACCUGCUGUCUGAACCAGAGCUGGUCCUGGACCAGUGGUUCCCCCUGGACGGAGCCUCACCUGAGAGCCAGGUGCUGCUGAGGGCGGAGCUUAAGAUCCUCCAGUCCCAGGGGACCAGCGUUCCCCAGGCAACAGGGACGGUCCCCGAAGUCGAGGAGGUCCCGGCCACCGCUGGUCACCAUGGCGACCGGUCGAUGGAGGAGGAGGAGGAGGAGAGAGGCUGGGAGGUGCCAGCUCAGGAGAGGGUUCCAGUGACCAGCCAGGAAGCGGAGGAGAGAGAACCUGUUACCGUGGCUACCAGAGAAGAAGAGACAACAGUUGAUGAAGAUUAUUCCAUUGCUCCCGUGUUGGACGAGCCACUAGAGGAAGAGAGGCAAGUAGAGGAAGAGAGGCAAGCCGAGGAAGAGAGGCCAGUAGAGGAAGAGAGGCCAGUAGAGGAAGAGAGGCCAGUAGAGGAAGAGAGGCCAGUAGAGGAAGAGAGGCCGACCUCUGAGUCCUUCUCCCCAGUGAGGAAAGAGCUUCAACCAGAGAGAUCUGGCCUAGAUAAUCUGGCCCAAGCCACAGUGACCGGCCUUCCCCCAGACCUGGUCCCAGCCCUGGUCCCCGAGGAGUCCAGCCCGGCUGUGGUCCUCCAGCCUCACUCCAACCCCCCUCAGGACUUUGCCACCAACCAGGGGGUGCUGAGGCUGCACCUGCUGGAGGCCGCGAGCUUGGUUGCCAAGGACAACCUGAUGGGGGGCAUGAGGAAGGGCAAGAGUGACCCCUACGUGAAGGUCACCGUCGGAGAGCACGCCUUCAAGAGUCACGUGGUCAAGGAGAACCUGAACCCCACCUGGAACGAGAUGUACGAGGUGGUGCUGAGUUCCCAGGCCGGCCAGGAGAUCCACUUUGAGUCCUACGAUAAGGACCUCGACGCCGAUGACUUCCUGGGCAGGUUCAGCGUAAUGCUUGAUGAUGUCAUCAGACAGCAGUACAUCGACAAGUGGUACACCCUGCAGGACGUGAAGUCUGGCCGGGUCCAUCUGGUGCUGGAAUGGGUUCCUACUGCCUCCACCGCCGCCAGACUCCACCAGGUGGUGCAGCUCCAGUCCGGACAGACCUUCAGGAACCAGGCGGUUCCCUCCGCCGCUCUGCUGUUCGUCCACGUGGAGCGAGCUCACGCCCUGCCCCAUAAGAAGAGCGGGAAGGAGCCCAAAGCCGGAGCAGAGCUGAUCCUGGGUCAGACCACCCACAGAACACAGGUGUGUGAGCGCAGCUCCGCCCCUCAGUGGGAGGAGUCAUUCUUCUUCCUGGUCCGGGACCCGGAGCGCGAGAUGCUGAUCCUGAAGCUGUCCAGUGCCUGGGACCAGCCCAUGGGUUCCCUGGUGCUCCCAGUCAGAGACCUGCUGUCUGAACCACAGCUGGUCCUGGACCAGUGGUUCCCCCUGGACGGAGCCUUACCUGAGAGCCAGGUGCUGCUGAGGGCGGAGCUUAAGGUUCUGGAUUCCAAGAUGGUGGACAUGUUGAACGGUGGCGCGCUGCCUUGCUCGGCGGCGGAGGCGGCGAGGAGCGGCCAGGUGAAGCUGUCCCUCUCCGCCCACGAGGGACGGCUGGUCGUCACCGUCCACGCCUGCAGGGGUCUGUCGUCCACGGGGAAGGACUCCGUCGACAGCUACGUCUCCCUCAUGCUGCUGCCGGACAAGAACAAGGCCACCAAGAGGAAGACGGCGGUGAAGAAGAGGGACCUGAAUCCAGAGUUCAACGACAGUUUCGAGUACGGGCUGUCUCUGGACGAGGCCCAGCGCCGACGCCUCAGCGUCAGCGUGAAGGACAACUCCGCCUCCUUCAGGGGCCGCGACGUGAUUGGACAGGCACAGAUCGAGCUGGCUCAAGUCAACCUGCUGAAGGGGGUCACAGAGUGGUUUGAUCUGACGGAGGAAGCUGAGUAGUGGAUCCAUGUGAUGACGUCACACAGAUCCCGUUGACAACCCCCAGAUGCUGCCACUCAGGACGUCCUUCCCCCGCUCGCCACGUCCUCAUGCCGACCGCUGGCGUUGAACUUCACACGCGCUUACAGUGUCUAUACUCUGUAUCUCUAUCGAGACGUACCUGUGGUCAUCUACACACGCUUACAGUGUCUAUACUCUGUAUCUCUAUCGAGACGUACCUGUGGUCAUCUACACACGCUUACAGUGUCUAUACUCUGUAUCUCUAUCGAGACGUACCUGCGGUCGUUUACACACACUUACAGUGUCUAUACUCUGUAUCUCUAUCGAGACGUACAUUUGGUCAUCUACACACGCUCACGGUGUCUAUACUCUUGUGGUUGGAAGUACACUAGUAUAUCGUUGUACUUAAGAGGAGACUCGGUUUUGGUCAGACAUCCAGUCCAGCUGGGUCCAGACUGGCCGCCUGGGGAGAAUGUGUGUCAGGCCCCUUUGUUGCAACAGCAUUUGAGUUCUUAUGAUGUGAUGCAGGGAACAGACAGUCCGUUUCCGUUUGAGCGAUAUCGUUUUUAUGUGUUCAUGUGUGUUCAUUACAGUAUUUUUGUUUCCAGACAGUAUUUUGGUUUUGUUACAGUGUUUCAGAUGAAGAUGAUGCUGAUGAAGGAAAGGUUACAGAGGUUGGAUAUUUUAAUGUUUUUAUAUUUCACAAUGGUUUGCUUUGAUUUGUGGCGUAUAUACUUACAUUUAUUUUUGAUGUAUUUUAAACUUUUUACUUUUUUAAUUUAAUUGAAGUCUAUAUAUAUUUUUGGUUUUCCUAAGGCGAGUAUGUCACCAAUGUUUUGCAUCGGAAAAUAAAAAAUUAAAAAUCUGUUUUUGUUGGAUGAAAUUGCAAACAGGAAGGAUUACUUUUGCGAGUUGUUUGUGAAAUAGUUACAAUAAACCCUUUGCACACACA